AUGGAGACCACUGUCUAUGCUAGAGAAACGUCCUGCAUCCCCUCUGAGAACCCGUACCACCCAGACACCUUCGUUCAACACUUUGACGUCCCACUCGUCCCACGAGUCCCUCUCCACGUCGGCCAGCGAGUGAAGAUUGUAACGUUAACCCUCCACGCCCGGGACCUGCCAGCCAAUGGAGGAUACACCCCACCCUGCUACUCGGCGCAGGACUCAGGUGUUGUCGGAGAAGUAACGAGGGUCAGGUCGACGAACUCUGCCGUCACGGAGUUCAUCGUCCAGAACGAGAACGACACGUCUCCCAUCAUCUUCGCAUGCCUGGCGAUCCAGCACAUCCAAGGGCAAACGGUCAGAAUGGGCCUCUGGGAGUCGAUCAUCCGUCAAAUCGUACGCCCACCCGCACCGGAGCGGUGCAUCCCACUCGAACUCGACGCAACGGUCGUCAGGGAAGGCGAAGUACCGCGCCAGCAGCGAACGGGGAACGGCCGCACGGAGUAA